AUGGGUGGAUUGAGGUCCGUCGGAAGAGAAACUCAAAAGAUUACUCUAAGGAGGUCGUUUGCUUUUACGUCACAAACUUUCAGGCAGACAAUAGCAAUGGUAAGGAAAUCCUUCCAGACCUUUGGAAAGUUGGUGGUUAUUUACAUCCCUGGGAGGAAGGACAAAGGAGGCUCGUUUUUUGCAUUCAUCAUAUAUGAAGGAGUCAAAGAUAUCGAUUCACUUGUGUUAACACUUAAUCAAGUUAGAUGUCGGCACUAUUUAGCAAAGGUCAACAUUAUAAAGUAUGUGAAGAAGCUGCCCUACUUAUUCUUCCUCCAAGAUCCAAUCGAACUAGUCAAACGGUGA